AUGUCUUCUUCUCAAACUGCAGGAUCUGGAACAUCUACUACUACAUCAAGCUCUGCAUCUAGUCUUGUUUCCACUUUGAUACCUGUUGCCGCUCUUGCUGUGGUAUAUAUCAUUGCCUUCUUGGUCCUUCGCGCAAAAUAUUUACGCGUCUACCAACCUCGAACUUUCUUACCAACACUUCGCGAGGAUGAAAGAACAUCGCGGUUAUCUGAUAGCAAAUUUGGCUGGCUUGCUCCCUUCAGAAGUAUACCAGAUGAACAUGUUCUGGACCAUCAAUCCCUUGAUGGUUACUUUUACCUUCGAUUCUUCGGAUUGUUGACCAAGAUAUGUUUUGUUGGUUGUUGUAUAACUUUCCCCAUCCUAUUUCCGGUCAACGCGACUGGUGGUGGUGGCCAGAAGGAGCUUGAUAUACUAUCUUUCAGUAAUGUAGUUGAUAAGAAUCGAUACUAUGCCCAUACAUUUGUUGCAUGGAUAUUUCUCAGUUUUGUUAUAUUCAUGAUCACCAAAGAAACCAUGUUCUUUAUCAAUGUUCGACACAACUAUAUGCUAGCCCCAUUCAAUGCGUCCAGAAUUUCAUCCAAGACUGUCCUUUUCACCUUUAUCCCACAGGAACAUUUGAGUGAAUCAGCAUUAAAGGAGGCUCUUGGAGGCGAUGCUGUUGUUGCUCGUAUAUGGAUGGCUAAAGAUUGCGAGAAGCUUACGGAGAAAGUAGAAGAGCGAGAUACCGAUGCAAUGAAGCUGGAAAAUGCCGAAAUCAAACUAAUCAAAGCCGCAAAUGAUAGACGCCUUAAAUGGGAAAAGAAAUGGGCUAAGGCGGAGAAAAAAGGAAAGCCAAAGCCAGCGCGAAAGAAUGUGGAUACCGAGGCUGGACUUGUCUCCGAAUGGAUGAAGAAGACAGAUCGACCAUCGCAUCGUCUAGGGAAGAUACCAUUGAUCGGAAAGAAAGUUGAUACCAUUGAUUGGUCUCGAAACGAACUUCAAAAACUUAUUCCAGAAAUCGAAAAGGACCAAGAAAUUGUAGUGGGCCAAAACGGGACAUCACUCCCUGCUGCCUUUGUUGAAUUCAGAUCCCAAUUUGAAGCCAAUUAUGCGUUUCAAAGAUUCAGCGCAAAAAACCCCACCAAGUUGGACCCAAGAGCUAUCGCAGUCAAACCCCAGGAAGUCAUUUGGAAGAACCUCAAAAUCAAGAAAACACAGAGAAAGAUGAGGGUCAUCGCUACUGCGACAUUCUUGACUGCUAUGAUUAUCUUUUGGUCGAUCCCUGUUGCUGUUGUCGGUGCUAUCAGCAACAUAAAUUAUUUGACUGAAAAGGUUCCUUUUUUGUCAUUCAUUAAUGACAUCCCAAGUGUUAUUCUUGGUGUCGUCACUGGUUUACUUCCCUCAGUUGCAUUAUCAAUCCUGAUGGCCUUGGUACCCAUCGUCUGCAGGUGGAUGGCCAAACUCAGCGGUGAGGUGACAACACCGGCCGUGGAACUUAAAUGCCAGAAUUGGUAUUUUGCAUUCCAAGUCAUACAAGUAUUCUUGGUCACCACAUUCUCAUCUGGAGCGGCAGCUGUGGUAUCCAAAAUCAUUGAGAAUCCUUCUUCAGCUACCACAUUACUUGCUCAAAGUUUACCAAAAGCUUCCAACUUUUUUAUAUCUUACAUCAUUGUUCAAGGUCUUGGAAUUGCAGCUGGAAAUUUGAUCAACGUUGGCGCUCUGGUCAUGCUAACCGUUGGUGGUAAAUUCCUUGAUAAGUCACCAAGAAAAAUGUACAAUCGAUAUAUUACAUUGGCUGGUCUCGGUUGGGGGUCUUUAUAUCCGAAGUUUGCUUGUUUAGGAGUUAUUGCAAUCUCUUAUUCUUGCAUCGCACCACUUGUUCUCGGAUUUGCAACUAUUGGGUUCGCAAUCGUGUACCUUGCCGUCCGUUAUAACAUGUUCUUCGUUCUUUCCAACGACGUCGAUACUCGAGGAUCUGCGUAUGCUAAAGCUCUGCAACAAUUAAUGGUCGGAGUGUAUAUUUCCGAAGUCUGCCUACUCGGUCUAUUCGCCAUCAAUACGACCAUAGGUCCAAUCGUUCUUAUGGGCGUUUUCAUUUUCCUGACAGCUGUUUACCAUGCUGUGAUGCGCCAUGCUUUAAAGCCUUUAACUAUGUACCUUCCAAGGUCCACUGAUGGUGAUGAUCAGGUUGCUUUAUUCGAAACGCCAUCAAACAACACUCACGAAUAUACCAAGUCUGCACUCCCACCCACACAAUCCGAAGGUCGUGGAGAAGAUGCCAAAAAGUCCAAGAAGGCCGCGAUCCUUGGAAAAUUGUUUGAUCCAAGAAAAUUCAAAUCACACGCGCGUGCCAAGAAGUUUGUGACUAGUCGCGAGGAGCUUCCAUCGUAUGAAGAAGCUGUUGAGAGUCAGGCUUACCUUGAUCCUGCUAUUACAAGCCCCCCGCAAACCUUAUGGAUCGUUAGGGAUGAAAUGGGCAUUAGUCAACACGAGGUUGAGGCUACGAGUGGGGUAAUCCCAAUUAGUGACGAGCUUUCAACCUUCAAUGAGAAGGGGAAGGUUGUCUGGAAUCAGGAUACAGUAUUGCAGGCGCCAAUUCGGGAAAAGAGAAUCGAUUAUUGA